AUAAAAAAGAAGCGAGGUUUAGAUAAGAGAUCGCGCAAAAAUAGAAUAACAGAAGCCCGGUCCAGUUUUGACACGACUAGAAGAUGAAGAAAUGUGAGCUGUGCAGGACUCCGGCGAGGAUCUACUGUGAAUCUGACCAGGCUAGUUUAUGUUGGGAUUGCGAUGCCAAGGUUCACGGAGCUAAUUUCUUGGUAGCCAGGCACUCCAGGAUCCUUCUAUGCCAUGCGUGCCAGUCUCCAACGCCAUGGAAAGCCUCCGGUUCUGUUCUCGGAAACACCGUUUCUGUUUGCCGGAACUGUGACAGUGGAAUGAACUUGAGUGGCGAGGACGGCGAGGAAAGCGAAGGCGGCAAUGACACUGAAAUAAACACAGAAGACGAUGACGACGAUGCCAUGUUUGACGGAAACGACGACGCCGAUGGCGAUGAGGUGGGAGGUGAUGAGGAUGCAGAUCAACAAAUAGUCCGUUGGUCCUCCACGACGUCCCCACCGCCUGCAAGUUCUUCGAGCAGCGAUGAGUCUAGUAACGACAAUAGAAAUGUCUGCGAAUCAAGAAGAACAGUUUCCUUGAAACGAAGGAGUGAAAAUGCGUCCGAUCAUAAUUUCCAGGAUCCAACUGAUGGCGGGUAAGAAGACCGAGUUCCCGAAGAAGAGGUUGGUGGUGACCAUGACGGGCGCCGCUGUGAAGCACGAGAAGGUGUGUCGGCGUCGCAUUCGGCGUCUACGUACUGAUCGCUGUAGAGAUUAUCGGCCGAAACAGUUAAGGUUGAUCCAGGAGGGGUUUGUUCCGGAGAGGCGAGCCUAAUGGAACUCGUACUAUUGGAUAUUAUUUUAUGAGUUUUUGAUAAUUGGUCCUUGAUUAACUUAUUAAUUGUACUAUUGUUGAUCAGACUUCUUAUUUCAUGCUUUUGAAAAUAAAAUUUGUCGUUGUGACGUUGACAGUGACAUUUACCAGAUA